CUGGCACUAUUACAAAACGACAAGUGCUGAAAUGCAGCCGAAAUUAAAAGCCGGUGGGGGAUUACUGUCUUUUUUUAAGACUGAAAGAGGCCGGAAGCUGGUCUUCUAUGGAGCGGGAGCAACCACGGUGGGACUAUUUGUGGGAAACUUCCUGCCACACACGUUUGGCCUGAAGUAUUACCGGGAUUUCGUGCAAUGCUACCAACAUGGCGUGGAGCGUCCUGUGCCGGAGGUAGUGCAGCAACGCCUGGAGAAGGCACUGGACCAGUUGGGCUUGUCGCCAUUUGAGCGAAAGUUCGUCAAGCCCUUCACCGUCUUUGGAUUCGAUCUGUUCCAGGCGGGCACCACUAAGAUGCGAUUCGGAGGCGCCCUGGGCAUUCCCGUGAACUAUGGCUACGGCAGUCCCGAGGAGAUCAAGCGGGCGGACAUUCGCUUCAGGGACCAACAGAUCGAUUGGAGUUCACCAAGCGGAAAGCUGUUGGAGCAGGCGAUCGUAUUGAAUGAGGAUGAACAAGUUUUCGGUCUAAGCAAGGCUGUGCUGCAGCUGCAAACUCAUCGCGUGCUUCUCAACUCGAUCUUUCCUAGCGUCAGCUUCCUCAUGGUCUACACCAUUGGUCACUACUUAAACCUGCGCCUUGAUCUUUUUGCCCGUCAUGGGAGCGUGCGGUUCGUCCUUUACAGCAUUCUGGCACUCUUUGGCAUGGGCAUCUGGUCAUUUAUGAAAGACUUCAAUCAGGUAUCCACGGAUGCUUCAAUUGACAAGCAGCUGGCCAGCAUGGGUCAACAGUUUUUGGCUGCUGGAGCCAGCUACUACGAUAAGCAUUUAAAGAAAAACAUUGCUCUGAGGGAUCUGAUUGGAGACGAUACCUAUACCGCUCUGGGCAACGAGAACUACAUGCUUCGCCAAAAAUCCAUGCCGCUUACAGCCCGCAAAUCCUUCUUCCUGGAAAAGCUAGAGGAGCUGAAGAAGGCUCAAGAACCCGAGACACAAUAAACAAAUUCAUUGUUACGUUUUUAUUACCGAUUGAAGAAAAAAUGUUUCCAUAUAUUUUACAAAUA